CCCUUAUAAUUCGGCAAUCCGAUAGUGGCAGACUUUAAUAUUCUUCCCAAUUUCCUUGUUUCUUACACGGCAAGUUACGUUACAUAGUUUUGCAAAAUAUAGCCUCAUCAUCAUUUGUAUCAAAGCAUGCGCGUUUCUCAUUUACUCAUUCUUAGUGCCUUCCUAAGCCUUGUGAAUACCCUAGGGAUCAGCAACCAGUCCCGAGUCUUUCUACGCAGGUCGACUUUUCCUAAACAAGUAUUCCCUUAUCGCCAGGCAUCUAUCAAGAAGGCCCGACAGAUUGAUCUGUCCACACCAAGAUCUCCAACUGUUUCUCUCAAGCCGAGUGUUACCUCAACCGCACCAACCGCGCCCCCGCCACGAUCCAAUUCCAGACAAAAUACUCGUUCUAACUCUAUUCUCAAGAAGAAGUUUUACGCCUACUUCCACGAGUGCAACAUAGGUGUGCGGGUCCAUGUUCAAAGAAUCAAGAAAAUCUGUUCAGGAAAAAUCACCAAUGAAAGCGCGAAAAAGAUCUCUUGGGAGCUGUUGGUGGAGCUUCAGGCCAUCCUAGCUCUAUGUCUCACCUGCCUCCGCAAAAUCAAGUCUUGCGGAAAAGCUCCAAUUCCAAGUAGUCUCCCCGGGAUCUCUUUAAAUUCCCCAUCACUUCGUGACCUGGGGCAAAUAGUGUUACAGCUCCUGAACCAGCUGAAGAUUUGCUUCAAUGAGAUGAAUAUAGUCUGCUCGCGCUACGAAAUCAUCCGAACCACGUGCAGCGAUUGUCUGGUACACAUAUCAUCUUCGAUUUCAGGUUGCCUGUAUGCUUCUAAUGCUCACAUUAAUGGGUUUCUUGCGACCGUGACAAAUCUACUCGGCGGGAAUCCACUAUCUUUCUUUGGCUUGGACAAAUUCGGCCUUGAUUCAAUCGUCAAGAUUUUACAAUAG